GUUUUUUUGUCUCCAAAAAUACGAAGCGAGAAAGAAGCAGAAUGUUCUAGGGGACACUGUUUUCAUCCUUUUAUUUCCAGAGGCACAGGGACUUCCGUAUGAAUAUCUCAGACAGGAAAAAAGCGUUGCAGAAAAACGAUAGGAGGCAACCUGGUUGCAAUGCGGCCUUCCACUUCCCGUCGCCUAGUAACUGUUGCUACAGCAACCGCAUGGUCAACAACGCUAAGCAUUCCUGGGAGGAAUAGAAGGGGUAUUUUCUUUUCUUCCCAAGAGAGAACAGCUAAGAAGGGGUCAAAGGGGGGAUUUUGUGAAAGAGAAACCUGAGUUCCUUCAGAAGGCAAGGAAGCAAGAAAAAGAAAGGGGAAGGGGUGAAGAAAGGGACAGAGAUACUGGUAUAGUGAGAAAAGUUGAGGACAGGAGUUAAGAAGUCAUUUGGUGAACAUGGAUUCAUCGUGCUUUACUGAGAGCAUUUAUAACCUCAUACCCAGUGACUUGAAGGAGCCGCCUCAGCCUCCUAGGUACAAAUCAAUUUUUAAGACAACUAUAAAAAAUGACAUGAAAAAAAUUAAAACUGCAAUGAAAACUAUGGGACCAGCUAAAGUUGAAGUACCUUCUCCAAAGGAUUUCCUAAAGAAGCAUUCGAAGGAAAAAACUCUACCACCCAAGAAAAAAUUUGAUAGGAAUCAGCCCAAGAAGCCUGCUGUACCACUGAGGACUGAUCAUCCAGUUAUGGGAAUACAGAGUGGAAAAAAUUUUAUAAAUACAAAUGCAGCUGAUGUCAUCAUGGGAGUGGCUAAAAAACCUAAGCCAAUUUAUGUUGACAAAAGAACUGGGGACAAGCAUGAUCUUGAAACUUCAGGACUAGUUCCAAAGUACAUCAAUAAAAAGGAUUACGGUAUCACACCUGAAUACAUAUGUAAACGAAAUGAGGAAAUAAAGAAAGCCCAAGAAGAAUAUGACAAUUAUAUCCAGGAAAACCUUAAGAAAGCAGCAAUGAAAAGGCUCUCUGAUGAAGAGAGGGAAGCAGUUCUGCAGGGGCUGAAAAAGAACUGGGAAGAGGUGCACAAAGAGUUCCAGUCCCUCUCAGUCUUCAUAGACUCCGUACCUAAGAAGAUUCGAAAACAGAAGCUGGAAAAAGAAAUGAAACAGCUAGAACAUGACAUUGGUGUAAUUGAAAAGCACAAAAUUAUUUAUAUUGCUAAUAAAUAAUAAUGGAUUUUUAAAGCAUAGUAAUUUAAUGUAGGAAAAACAUGGAAGAUAUAAAAAUGAAACCAUAAGUUUUUCAAAGAGAAAAAUACUAUGAAGGGAAUAAUAGUCAAUCAAAAUGCUUAAGCAAUGUUUAAAGAACAAUUGAAUUAUUUACUUAUGUAAAAAAGAAAAAAAGUUUUUAUUAGUUUCACAUUUUCUUCCUAUCAGCAAACCAUUAAAGUUUGAGGUUAUGUGUUCCAAUUCUGUAAUAUAAUUCAUUAUUAUGAUGUACUUAUUUCACAUAAACAUUAAUUUUCAGACCCUGAAAAAUAACCAACACUCAGAACUUCAGUAUUUUUUCUGGACUGCACAAUACAAAGAACAUAACUUUAAAAAUUAUAUUUUGAAUUGAAAAUAGAAGCAUAUGCUUUUUUUCUACUAUGAUGUGUUUCUAUAUAUUGUUUCUGAGCUCUGCAGUUUAAAAGAUAGAUUCUAAGGUAAUCUUUGUCAUUUGCUGUUAUUCCCAACUGCAGAUAUUUUCACUAUUCAGAACACAAUAUAUGAUGAAAAGCUUAUAUGUGAAGGAACAAAUUUAAGAAGAUAACUUACAAAAUCAAGAAGAUGACUUAUAAAAGUCAUCGUGAGGGAUGAUUGAAGAGAGUCUCUCACACUGACUUAUGAAACAUUGAUAUUCUGAUAUUCUGAUAUUUUUUUCCCUAAUUUACUAUGCAUAUUUCACUAAACUGUGUUAUGUUUUUCAUUUGGGUCCUUUUCUAUUAUCUAUUUUGUGAAUUCUAAAAUUACUUUUAAUAAGAUUAUGUAAUCUAUUUAGCAAUAAGUUUAUGUAAAUGGAGCUGUCAUUCACUGAAAAUAAGAAACCAAUCUAUACAUAUCUAAGAAGGAAAAGAUUCUUUUAUGAAAUGUUAAAUUAAGAAAAGUUAGUAAAACAUGAAACUAUAACAUGUCAGUGAAAUAUGACAUUUUCUACUACUUACACUGAUUUUUAUUCUAUAGACAAUACUUUUCAAGCUUUUUUAUAAACAGAAUUUGAGCGCAUUGUUGAAAAACUUCCUAAUGUUUACAUAUAACUAUUUUGAAAUUUCAUUUUAAACUAUUUUUACAUCUUUUGGUGAGAUUUAAAGUGCAUUUUUUUCAUUCCUUUAUUAAUCCUAGAGCAGACAGAAAAUAAAGGAUAUUGUUUGAUAAAUACAAAGGAUGGUAUAUGAUAAAUUCUCACCCAAAAUGCUAUUGAGGGUAGACUAACAGUUACAACAGUAAACCCAAAAUAUAUUGUUAACAUAACUAUAAUAGAAACUCAGUUCUUGCUUACAUUACAGUACUAUGCUGUAAACGAGCCAAUAAGACCCCUUUCCACAUUGUUGUAUAGAAACCCAGACUUUCAGACUGGGUGGCUCCUAACCUAAGCAGAGCUGGGGAGCACCACAUAGAGGCCAGGCUUAGGCAUGUUGCAUAUCAUGCCUGCUUACAUUCUCUGAGUGAGCGAUUGCAGUUGCAUUAGCAAAGCAACCCCAGCUCUUAGCUGUCUGAUAACAAAAAGUUAAACUUCUCAUUUCCAUCACUGUCCUAUGUGAACAAGGGUGGGGUGCCCUGUAUUCCAUGUCACUCAGAGACUCAAUCUCUUUUUGUCUAGUGGCUCUCCUGGUACAGCCAGCCUUCCCUGCCAGAGUUAAGGAUAAGAUGCUUAGAGGAGCAUUUUAUUUGUAAAAUUAUUGCUAUACAUACUUAUUUUUAAAUAAUUCAAAAUCAGUAAUGAUGCAAAAAUACUCUAAUUAUUUCAGCCUUAUGGAUGUUAUGCUUUGGAGUUGUGAGUAGGAGUUGCCUUAAAUAUUAAAAUGAUAACUGUGACUUUAACAGAUUUUUUUUCUUGCUUUCUGUAAAAGCUCACUAAAAAGUCCAGAUGUGGGCUGGGGAGAUAGCUCAGUUGGUAGAGUGCUCGCUUCACAAGCACUAAGGCCCUGAGUUCAAUCCCCAGCACCGCAAAAAAAAAAAUGUUUCUCCAUGACCCACAAUGUUGUGCUAGAUGGACUUCAUUGCCUUUGUCACUCACAGUCUUCCUAGGGUGCCUGUCUGUUCCUAGGAGGGCAUUCCCUACCCUGGGACCCCCAACAUUGGAGAGGUACAGUGCAGAGUCUCUCCAUUCUCUCUCUCCCUUCCUGCCCAUUUUCCUGGGUAUCCCAUCAGUCAGAGGAGCCAUAGACACCUGACUCAGGCAGUCAGCCAGUUACUGAUCAGAUUCUCUUCAGAUCAUGAGUGAAAAACAGAUCGCAGUCUCAUUGUGGUACACACCUGAGCCUAAAAGGUCAAACAUAUUACUGCAGCUAGUUUGGCUUGGUUUCUGUUCCUGUUCCAAAGAAUUCUGAGUGGAAGAAUAAAGAUUGGAUGUAAUCUGUUCCUUUGCUAUGAUCUCUUCUGCUUGAGUUCUUGAAAUGCAGCCUUUCCCCUACCCUUUGUAACCAAUGUGCUAAUUAACACUGAGGUUCUAGGCCUCCCAGAUCUACACACAUGGUUUUCUCUGCCCAGAAAACUAGCCUUUUCUUUCUCUCCAGGGAAUCUACUUAGCAAAUCCCUGACCUUCAAGGGUCAGUUCACAUCACAUUUCUGUAGCACCCCUCUUUGAUUCCUUAGAAUCCAGCAUUAUGUUACAGCAUUGAUCAUGUUGUAUUAUAUGUAUCUGGAUAUUUUUCUGCUCCCGGUGAGACUGCAAGUUUCUCGGGGGAAAAAGCUAUGAUAUAUCUUUUAUCUGCAUUCCUUAGAUAUUAUAAAAUAACUGGUAUAUAGAAGAUAGUAAAAAAAUCUUCUAUUGAAUAAAUUCAUGAACAAUAUCCAAAUUGUAUUUUAAUGACCCAGUAACAUGACAUAAAUCAAAGGAUGGGAAUUUUUUGUUUCCAAAUAAACCAGGUGGUACCAUAUCAAACAGUUGGUAUAUGAUCAAAUCAGGAAGAGGCAAUUUCAUGCAGUAGUGAAGAGUUCAGGAGAUGGAAUGAGGCAGACUCAAGUUCAUGUCUCAGUUCAGACACUGACUGUGCUAUGAGAUCUUUCUCUGAUAUACUUUUCUUUUCUGUAAAAUAACCAAUAACUAUACUUUGUAGCAUUUUGAUGAGAAUGACUGAAACAAUAUUUUUCUAACAGCCUAGUCAGAAAGACUAAAUUUUUUGCAAACAAUUCUUAGUAAAUAUUC